AUGAAUGAAAGAGCUUCUAUUAGCAUUGAGAGGUCAGAGAAAAGAAAGGUUAUCAUGGAAAAUCCAAAUGAAGCUAGCAGAGGCAGUAGUAGUACCGCACCUGCCAUUAUAGUUGAUGAGAGUGAAAGAUCUACUGUGGUCAUGGAGAGACCUCCAAAGUGGCUGCUGCCGAUACUAGUUGCGCUAGAACCCCAUCAACCUGAAACAAAGGAGCAUAUACAUAAGGUUCCACCAUUCCUGCAUGGCAUUGAAAAACACAAAGGCUGCUUUGAUCCCAUGAUGGUCUCUAUCGGUCCUUACCACCAUGGGAAAAAAGAGCUCGAAGAAGUAGAGAAGCUCAAGGCUUCAAUAGCAAAGGAGUUCAUCGACAAAGACAUUGACAAAUUAGACUGGUUUGAGGAAGUGGCUCGCAAUGCAAGGUUGUGUUAUGACGCCGACGCCAACGACAACAACGACGACAACAACAGCAACAACAACAACGAUGGUAAAUUCACGCGCAUGAUGUUCCUGGAUGGUUGUUUCAUUCUUCAUUUCAUUUGGUGUAUGGGAAAGAAUAAGCUCAAUGAAACGAAGCUGAGGGCUCAUCAACUACCCUUCGUUUUAGGGGACUUGUUCUUGCUGGAGAACCAACUGCCCUUUCUAGUUCUUCAGGCCUUAAUGGACUUCAAAGGUAGCAUAAGUGACUGGGAAGAUUGCAUCCAAAAAUUUGUAACAAAUAGUCGACUUAACCUCGACGGCUCCAGCCACUUGACAUCUUUCAAGAUAAAUGAUAGACAUCCUCACCUCCUUCACCUACUCCACAAGGUGCUCGCUGCUGGUGAAGAAAAGAUUGAAUUUCAAAAAAAACUGGGGCAUACGUUCCGUUCGGUCAUUGAGUUAAAAACAGGAGGGAUCGAGUUCAAGAAAAGCGAAAGUGGAAGGUUAAAAGAUGUCGAAUUACAAGUUCAUCGCUGUUAUGCAGACUUGUUUCUUCCUCAACUUGUUAUUGAUGACUUAGCCAAAGCCAAAUUGUUGAACUUGGUAGCAUAUGAAGCAUGCCCUAAUGGCCCAACUGACGACUCUAUAGUCACUUCAUACAUAUGUUUCCUGGAUGCACUCAUUGAUCAUGCUGAAGAUGUGAAAAAGCUGCGGUCACAGCAAAUACUCAUCAAUCUCCUUGGCAGCGACCAAGAAGUGGCUGAUCUCUUCAAUGAAUUGGCAAGGAAAUUGGUGCCAAGCCCAAGUAACUAUACUACUGUUAUGGACCAAAUUGAGGAUUGCUACACGUCCAAGUGGUUUAAAUGGGCACGCGAAAUUAGGAGCACACAUUUCAGUAGCCCCUUGACCGCAGUUGCAUCCAUUGUUGCAGCAGUAAUUAUCAUUCUCACCUUUGCGCAGGCUUACUUUGCUGUAUUCCCAAGAGGAGGAGGAGGCGGCGAUGAGAAUCGGAGAACUCCAAAACCUUCGAGGAAAAUUCAUUACAGCUGA